AUGAAUUCAAGUUUCAAUAAUUCGGCUUUAGUAAACUCGAAUUCAUCAUUUAAUCAAAUGAAAGACUCAGAGUUACGUGAAGAAGACAUUGAAGCAAAAGAUAAUUUAGUUGAAAAUAUUCAAGAUCCUCAUAUUGAAAAGUAUGGUAAACUUCUUCAAACUCAUGAAGCAUUGAAGAAAAAACUUGAGGAAUUGCAAAAAAAUUAUGAAACAUCACAAAAAAUUCAUGAAGAAUUACGAAAAGAUCACGAAGAAUUACAAGAUAAAUUUCAAUCUGAAAAAGCACAAUUAGCAUAUCGAUUAGAAACAUCAGAAAAUAUUAAUACUAAAAUAAUUGAGAAUUACAGAAGAAAUGUUAAUGAAUUAAAGCAAGCCAAUGCUGAAUUGAAAGAACAAGCAUCAAAAUAUCAAUCAGCACUUGGAAUUGCAAAGACCUUUCGAUUAGGUGAUGAAGAUAAAAAUAAUUCCGUACAACUUAGAGAUGAUAUAUUAAGUUUACAAAAUGCUCUAGAAAUUUACGUAACACAUUUAAGACCGAAAAUACAUAUCGAUACAAAAAUGGUAAAUAAACUUUUUACCAAUUAUCAAAGUAAAAUUAAAGUAAAAACUACAGAUAUUGAUUUUCCUUCUAUUAAAGCUGUCUUACAACGUUAUGUCCUUGAAACAAUUUUCGGUUAUAUAAAAACUUAUCUCGAUCGUUCGAGUUCAGUUCUUGAAAUUUUUAAUCGUAAUGAUUAUAAUAAUCUUGAGGCACAAUUUGUUAACAAGGCAAAAGAACUGGAUAAAUUAGCAAUUGAAUUCACAAAUACACGUGUUGGAACCGAUAAUGUAACUUCAGCUGUACCCAUUAAAAUAAGGCAACAAAUUUACGCAGCUUUAGGAACUCGUGGAUUUUCCAACAUUUUGAAUUUUGAAAACAAAGCAAAUGAGCAUAAUUUCAUCAAAUUGCACAAAGAUAAACUUAACAAAGAAAUGGAUUCUUAUCGAAAGUUUUUAGAUCCUGCAAAGGAGAAAGAAAUCAAAAAAAAAACUGCAGAUAUCAUCCGUGAAGUUAUUAGGAUAUUUUUCUUUCGCCUCAAAACCCAAGAACCAAUUGCAGAAUAUGAGUGGAUUGGUCAUAAUGAAGAAUUUGAUCCAAAUCGAAUGACGGGAUCCUUGGAUGAAGAUGAUAUUGAAAAUGCAUACGUGGAUUUAUGUAUUUUCCCUCUUAUUUAUAAAAAAUCCAAUUCUUCCUCGUCAAAUUUACAAGUUUAUACUCCUGCAAAAGUCCUAAUCCAACAUAAAAAUUAA